AUGGGUUUUGGUGACGAACCAGUUAAGUGUGCAGCAUAUACUUUUGCUGGACUGUCUAUGAUGCUUAACAUUAGGCUUGCAUACAGUUCUGCUCCAUAUGCGCUCAUUAGAUUUAAACUGCCUGAGAAUUUAUUUGGUGUAUUCGUCAGGACAAUUGCUGGUGCUCUGGAACUCUGGUGUCUUCCUAGUAUGACACUUGGUAAUAUAAUGGAUUUUGUUAGAAAACAAAUGAAAUUCGGCAGUUCAGAGAAGAAUACCAUGGAUUCUAUUGUUUGUUACUCAUCAAUUGUUUGUAUGUGGUCUGACUUCAUAACCUAUGUCAUAUUGUUGUUUGUAUAUUUGAGUGGUGGUGAUCAAGGUCGUUUAACGGCUUAUUAUUGGGUCAUUUCAGUCUCUGGAUUCAUUUUCGGCAUUAACAUGGUACUGCUAUAUGCUAUGGAGUUUCAGUAUUUCCCAUACUAUCUUGCUGGUGAAAACUCAUUUCCAGCUGUGACCUCAAUUAUACACUAUCUGGCAACACUCAUGUUUGGUAAUAGAAGGAAAUAUGAUUCGGAUUUCCUAAUAGUCCACAUUGACAUUUGGGUAGCAAUCCUAAUCUCAUUCACUACAGCUUUACUGUGGACCUAUGCCUAUUACAGAGAUAAGGAAGCUAUGGAUAAAUUUCCAUCAGAUCCAAAUCAGAGAAUUUGCCAAAUACUCAAAGUCGAACCUAAUUCUGCUCCAGCUACUGAGCUGACAUACUCUAUAGGACAAAACUUUGAUGAUAGCCAUGCAGGUGGUUGUGGCCGUAAGAAGUCUUAUGGUUACUGGUUACACUUAGUACCUCCAAGUCUUAUGGUCCUCGUUGGUAUGGGUCUAAUAUAUACUAUCUAUCCGGCUAUUGCACCAGGUAUGACUGUGCCAUUCUAUCUCAUUGAUAAGGUAGAUAUUGUGAUACAAAUCCUAACUGCUGUUCCACCUGUAAUCAUCAAAAUACUACCACUCAUAGAUCCAACACUUAAUCCAUUUGUAAAUAUGGGUACCUGGGGACACUAUCACAAAAAACAGUGUAAAAAAGGUGAUGAAACUAAGCCACCUUAUCCAGAAUGCAAUUGUCCAGCAGGUGAUCCUACCAUAUACACUACAGCCAAACUCAAAGUCGAAGAAUCUGGUAAUAAUAUCACCAAAGCUAUCCUCCAGCUCAGUGGUAAUAGUGGUACUAGUGCUACUCUAGAGUAUACUCCAGAUACUCGAAUCACUCUUAGAGACAGCGGUAGUGUCACUGUCAAAUUCAAUCUUGAACAGACUAACAUCGCAAUAACUCCAAGUAGUGGCAGUACUGAUCUUAGGGCCACUGCCACACUCACUACCACCGCUUCCAAAUCCAUAAGUAAUCUCACUAAUCUCAAAGGUGAUACUGGCGAAGAUCUAACUCUCUCUGGACAACUCAGUAGCAAUGAACUGACUCUUACCAAAAAUGGCGAAGCUAUCACCACCGAUAAUAACAAUACUCUCAAAACAGGUGACACUAUCAAACUCGAAGGAACCCUCACUGGUACUACCAUCGAGGCUUCUGGUACUGUAAUAAUAACUAACUCUGAUGGAACUCCUACAGAUCAAAGUCUCACACUCAGCGGUGCUGCUGUUACUCUUAAAGGUGGUCUCACAGCAACCGGUAGCCUCAACAUCGGUGGAACUAGUACUACACUCAACGGCGAUGUUACUCUUGCAGCUGUCAAGUACUAUGAAAAGGAAUUCCACGAUAAACACAAAACUACUCACUGUUGUUACUAUGGUGGUAAGGUUUGGAAGUGGGAAUCUAAUCCACUGGUUUGGUGUUGGAAUGCUUUUGAUAUAUUUAUUCCACUUCAAAUCAUACUUGAAAUUAUAUUCCUAUAUUCACUUCAUCAUAGAGAUUCCAAACUAUCCCGUUCUAUUAUUAAUCAACCCAAAAUGUCUACAUUUCUAACCAUAGUAUAUUAUAUGUGUCAUGAAUUUAUGUUAGCAUUGGGAUUUUCUGGUAUUGGCAGUGAUGACCAAGUUCUAUUACCAAUGCAGCUAAUUGGUGCAUUCCUAAUGGUGUUGCCAGCAUUUUAUUCUAAAGGUUACGUUAUUGAGUAUAAACGACACGAUCCAAACCAUUGGCCAACCGAGGGCAUGACGUCCUGGAAUGCAUUUUGCUACUGGCUUAAGAUGUCAAGCAAAAAUACAAACAAACUGCUACUAGACGUGUUUACAACUGAUUUACAAGUUUUCUUUAGUUUUACACAUUUAUAUACCCCCUUACACAUUUAUAUUAAAUAG